GUCGGUCAUCACCCACUUCCGGUCGGGACCUGUGUAGCGGCGGAGGCGCAGAAGGUGAGGCGAGACCUUGUUGACUACCAUUAGUCUCCCUGGGAACUCGCCGGCCCUUCUCUCCCCUUCCCGGGCGCCCUCUAGGUUGCCUGGGGUAUGACACAUGGGCAGAUCCCACCUGCUCAUUGGUCAUGAAGGAAACAGACCGAGAGGCUGUGGCAACAGCAGUCCAGAGGGUUGCAGGAAUGCUCCAGCGUCCAGAUCAGCUGGACAAGGUGGAGCAGUAUCGCCGAAGGGAAGCUCGGAAGAAAGCCUCUGUGGAGGCCAGACUGAAGGCUGCAAUCCAGUCACAGCUAGAUGGGGUGCGUACAGGUCUAAGCCAGCUCCAUAAUGCACUUAAUGAUGUUAAAGACAUUCAGCAGUCGCUAGCUGAUGUCAGCAAGGACUGGAGGCAGAGCAUCAACACCAUUGAGAGCCUCAAGGAUGUGAAGGAUGCGGUGGUCCAGCAUAGCCAGCUGGCCGCAGCUGUGGAAAACCUCAAGAACAUCUUCUCAGUGCCUGAGAUUGUAAGAGAGACCCAGGACCUGAUCGAGCAAGGGGCUCUCCUGCAAGCCCACCGGAAGCUGAUGGACUUGGAGUGCUCUCGGGAUGGACUGAUGUGUGAGCAGUACCGCAUGGAUAGUGGGAACACGCGGGACAUGACCCUUAUCCACAGCUACUUCGGCAGCACACAGGGACUCUCUGAUGAGCUGGCCAAGCAACUGUGGAUGGUGCUGCAGAGGUCGCUAGGAACUGUCCGCAGAGAUCCCACCCUGCUGGUCAAUGUGGUCAGGAUCAUUGAAAGGGAGGAAAAAAUUGACAGGCGUAUACUUGACCGAAAAAAACAAACUGGCUUUGUUCCUCCUGGGAGGCCCAAAAAUUGGAAAGAGAAAAUGUUUGCCAUCUUGGACAGAACUGUGACAACUAGAAUUGAGGGCACGCAGGCAGAUACCCGGGAGUCUGACAAGAUGUGGCUUGUACGACACCUGGAAAUCAUAAGGAAAUAUGUUCUGGAUGACCUCAUCGUUGCCAAAAACCUGAUGGUUCAAUGCUUCCCUCCACAUUAUGAGAUCUUUAAAAACCUCCUGAGCAUGUACCACCAGGCUCUGAGCACAAGAAUGCAGGACCUAGCUUCAGAGGACCUGGAGGCCAACGAGAUCGUGAGUCUGCUGACGUGGGUCUUGAACACCUACACAAGUGUGGAGAUGAUGGGGAACAUGGAACUGGCCCCAGAAGUAAACGUCAAUGCCCUGGAGCCUCUGCUCUCUCCAAGUGUGGUCUCUGAACUGCUCGACACAUACAUGUCCACACUCACUUCCAACAUCAUUGGCUGGUUGCGGAAAGCAUUGGAAACAGACAAGAAGGACUGGAGCAAAGAAACAGAGCCUGAAGCCGACCAGGAUGGGUACUACCAGACCACACUGCCUGCCAUUGUCUUCCAGAUGUUUGAACAGAAUCUGCAAGUUGCUGCUCAGAUAAGUGAAGAUUUGAAAACAAAGGUACUCCUUUUGUGUCUUCAGCAAAUGAAUUCUUUUCUAAGUAGGUACAGAGACGAGGCCCAGCUGUACAAAGAGGAGCACCUGCGGAACCGGCAGCACCCACACUGCUACGUGCAGUACAUGAUCGCCAUCAUCAACAACUGCCAGACUUUUAAAGAAUCAAUUGUCAGUUUGAAGAAGAAGUACUUAAAAAAUGAAGCAGAGGAGGGUGUGUGCCUGAGCCAGCCAAGUAUGAAUGGGAUUCUGGAUACCAUUGCCAAGGAAGGCUGCAGCAGCCUGCUAGAGGAGGUCUUCUUGGACCUGGAGCAACAUUUGAAUGAAUUGAUGACCAAGAAGUGGCUGGUAGGGUCAAAUGCUGUGGACACCAUCUGUGUCACUGUGGAAGACUAUUUUAAUGAUUUUGCCAAAAUUAAAAGGCCAUAUAAAAAGAGGAUGACAGCCGAGGCACACCGGCGUGUGGUAGUGGAGUACCUGCGGGCUGUCAUGCAGAAGCGCAUCUCUUUUCGGAGCCCUGAGGAGCGCAAGGAGGGUGCUGAGAAGAUGGUCCGGGAGGCUGAGCAGCUGUGCUUCCUGUUCCGGAAAUUGGCAUCUGGAUUUGGCGAAGACGUGGAUGGGUAUUGUGACACCAUUGUUGCUGUGGCAGAGGUUAUUAAGCUAACAGACCCUUCCCUGCUCUACCUUGAGGUCUCAACUCUGGUCAGCAAGUAUCCAGACAUCAGGGACGACCACAUCGGUGCACUGUUAGCCAUGCGUGGGGAUGCCAGCCGAGACAUGAAGCAGACCAUCAUCGAAUCACUAGAGCAGGGCCCCACUCAGGCAAACCCCAACUAUGUGCCCCUCUUCAAGGAGAUUGUUGUGCCCAGUCUGAAUGUGGCAAAGCUCCUCAAGUAGGCGGCUGUCUGCUUGUGCGUGCCCCUCCGAGGGAUUGUAUCCUACUUUCAGAAGCAUACUAAAGCAGACAUCCCUUUCCAGGGGUCUUAGCUACUAUGUGCGUGUCCUUUCAGGCACCCAGUCGUGUGCGGCUGAGGGCUGCGGAGUAGCUUCUGGGUGCCCGGUUCUGUGAGGUUUUCCACCGUGAUGUAAAUAUGCUUUGUGAGGACAUCCUUGCGUGAAGCCUCUCAGUCAUUUGUCAUGGGAAACAUGUAUGGAUAUCCCUUAUUCCUCCAUUGUGGGCCCUGCUUUGCCUGGCACGCACAUGAGGACCUCUGCCACCUGAUUAAAAGAAGCAAAAGCCAAA